UGUGGCAAUAGUCGUUUUCCGAGGAUAGCGCAUUAUACAUGUGUAAGAGCUAGAGUGCAGUGAAGUAUGGCUCCAGUAAGACAGUUAAAAGGUUUUAAAAGUAGAAUUUCAGUAGUUUUAGGCAUAGUUACGAUUACAGGGUUAGUUUUAUGGAAUACAAAGUUACCAAAAGCUUCAAAACAAAAUUGUGAUAGAGAAUGUCAUGAACUGGAUUGGCCGUUAAUUUGUAGAUACAAAAUUGUGCUGGAGACUCAAAAUAUUCAAAACGAUUGUCAAAAGUGUUCUUCAAACAAUCAAACGGAAUGCCAACAUGACAUUUAUUGCGAUAGAUUUUCAGAGAAAAUCAUUACUGCUAAUAGACAAGUUCCUGGUCCAUCUAUAAGAGUUUGUGAAAAUGAUAUAAUGGUAAUAGACGUUGUUAACCGAAUACCUGGUCAUAGUGUUUCGGUACACUGGAGAGGUCAGUGGCAAAAAGAGACUCCGGUAAUGGAUGGUGCACCUAUGGUAACACAAUGUCCAAUACUACCACAUACUACAUUUCAAUAUAAAUUUAGAGCUGCUCAAGCAGGAACUCACUGGUGGCAAAUAUUAUCGGGUGACGAGUUGUCCGAUAGAGUAUUUGGAGCAUUUAUAGUGAAGCAGUCCAAACGAAAAGAACCGCAUGCCUCCAUUUACGACUUCGAUGAAAUUCCACACGUUUUACUAGUGGAAUAUACUUCAAUCACUCAAAAUGGUAUCAAUGAAAUGCGUAUAAAUGGAAUCGCAUCGAACUCGUCGAUCACUGUAGAAAAAAAUAGCAAGUACAGAUUCAGAAUAAUAAAUACAGGAGGAGUUUCGCAAUGUCCAAUAGAAAUAAAAGUGCAUAAACAUCAUUUAACAGUUAUAUCAGUAGACAGUCAUUCGAUUGAACCUAAACCAGUUGACGUUAUUCAAGUUGAACCAGGUGAAACAUUAGACUUCAUUUUAACAACAAGCAAAAACCAAGGAAUUUUUGACAUGACGGUUAGUUCAGAGGGUCACUGUAAGGACUCUAAUCACACACACACGUUGUAUAUACAGUACAAUUCUACAUUACAUAAUACUAUUUCAGAUACGAAUAAUCUUGUACAACCGACUGAACACGGGAAUCGACGCUUGUCCAUUACUAGUCUAACAAGCUUACCUUACGAGUUGUCUGCUGUUAAAUUGAAAAAUACAAUUUAUUUAGGAUUUUCUUCAAUUAAAUAUCAACUUAGUGAAGGAAGCUGGUCAUUGCCGAAUUUCAAUAAUAUGUCUAUGGUGCUACCUUCCGCCCCACUGCUGUUGCAACAGCCUGAAGAUGUGAUAGUGUGCAAUGCAGAAAAUGUGCCACUCAAAUGUCAGUCUAGUAUCACAUCUUGCGAGUGUACGCAUGUCAUUGACUUGCCGUUUGGUUCUGCUACAGAAUUAGUUAUUUUCGAUACAGAGCACACGCUGUUUAAAACGGACAGAUCUCAUUCGUUUUAUUUGCAUGGACACAGUUUCUACGUGGUCGGCCAGAGGAGCAAAGCGUUCGUCAAGUCAGCAGAUCAUGCAAAGAAGUUAGACAGUGAUGCGCAUUUAGUACACAGGAAGCUCGACAGGUCGGUGUUGAAGAACACCGUUGUCGUGCCAGCAGCAGGUGUAUCUGUUGUACGAUUUAUCGCUGAUAAUCCCGGAUAUUGGUUAUUCAGGAGUGAAAAAACUUCCGAAUGGUCCAGCGGCUUGUCAUUAAUAUUUAGAGUGACAAAUCCCACUGGAAAUUUUCCUCAAGUACCUGAAGACUUUCCUAAAUGUGGAAAUUUCAUAGGACCAGAAUUUUUUUUGGCUUGAUUUAUAUUGAAAUAUUUCAAUCAUUGUUACCGUAUUAAUAUUGAUCUCUGACAUUAUUUUUAAGUUGUUUGUUAAGACAGGCUGUAAUAGUUUUAAAUAUGAAUGUUAUUUGUAAAUCUAAUUUUUUUUAAGAGUUAGUAAUUUAUUAUAAAUCAGUUUGUAUUGUUUAUAACCAUUUCAAUACAUAAAAAAAUAUUAUGUACAAUGUAUUACUAGUUACUACCAAUAAUUUAUUUUAUAUACUGAUGAAUUUGCUUAUGUGUAAACAAAACUUGAUAUCUGUACCCUAUAAGAGCAUUUUCUAUUAUUUGAUCUUAAGCUCAAUUAAAUAGUGAUUAUCAGUUUUACAUUUAAAUUAUUAUAUACAUUUUUAUUUAUAUAUAUAUUAUUUGGAUUUUGUUUUCAAUAGUUCUUCUUAAUGUGUAUCGAUUAAUAUUUUAUAUAAGUAAUGUGGUUAGUCUUAAAAAAGUAUUAGGUACUAUGUUUGUUGCUUCUGUUUGUGGUUCCGGGAUUUCAUGUAAUUGGUUGGGUUUAUUUUGUUUUAUUCUCUGUGAACUUAUUCUGUUUCUGUACUACCUAUAUUGAAGACAUUCAGUUAAUAAACUUAAUAUGUUUUAUUAUAAAUAAAUUAAAAAUGGAAGAUUCUUGGUUGGCUAUUAAAUAGCACAAAGUAAUUCUCUAAACAAUAUAAAUAUAUAAUACGAGGUAUAAAAAUAUUAUCCAAUGCCUCAUAUGGGCUUUCACAUUUUAACUUUGAAGCAAGUUACAAGUAUAUUUUUUUGUUGAUUUUAAAAUAUUUAUAGCUUGCUUAAAAAUUAAUGUAAUAUACCUAAAAAAAUCUUUGGUGUGAAUAAUAUCACAGAGUUAAAUAUAAUUAAUUCAAUUAUAAAUUACAUUAUUUGAUAAUAUUCUUAUUUUUAAAUUUCAUAAUAUACCGAUUCACUAUAAUAAUAACAAUUACAGAAAAAAAAAUUAAUGAUUAUAAAAUAUGAAAUUUGCUGUUACCGGAUAUGAUAUUAUUUUAAAGUGAUUGUUGUGAAUCUUCUUUACAAGUCUUAUCUCAGAAUUUUUAUUACCAAUUCGUCCACUUCUAUACUAUAAUUUACUAAUUAUUGAAUACAAGUAUAAAUUGUAAGUAUUCAAAAAACCUUUUUUCUUUAAAAAAAUAUUGAUACAUUUUAUUAUAAUUCGAUGAACUUUUGAGCCAUAAGAAAAUAAUUUAUUAUUUGAAUUGCAUAUUAUAAUUAAAAUAAGAAGAUACCUUAAAUAUUAUAUGUAUUUAAUAAAUAUAUUUUAAAAAGGUUAAUAGUAUUAAUAUUAUUUCAAAUAAAAUGUAGGUACCUAAUGUAAUUAAAAAAUAAUACCAUAGCAAUGACCAUUUAGAUACCUAAUUAGGCAUUAAUACGGUUACUAAUAAAUAAGUGAUUAGAAAUUAGUGAUUAGUGAUUAUUAUAUGUUUAUUGUUUAUAUUUGAUAUAUUUUUAUGAAUAAUAAUUGUUAUUGUUGUUUCUGAUAUAAGUGUUAUAAUUUUUAUAUAUUACACAAUGUUGAAGUAGUAGGACCUAUCUAUAAUUUUUUGGGGGAGUUUCUUAGUUUUUGAUUUAAAAUAUAUUGUUAGAACAAAAUGCUAAGUAGACCAGAAGUUUAAAAAUAUAAAUCAUAAGUACAAAAUAUCAAUAACAAAUUUUCGACUUUAUUUAGCAAAAUCAUGUUAAUUAUAAUU